AUGACAGUAGGCUUGUUCUCAUUGUUGAUCAAAGCCGCUAAAAUUCCAAUGGAUGAAAAUAAUUACAUGAUCGGAGCUGGUAUUUACGAUAUCACAGGACCAGCUGCCGAAGUUGGUAUGAUGGGUUAUGCCAUGGUUGACCAAAGAACAAAAGGAAUUCACUUUCGUUUGAGAGCUAGAGCUUUUGUGAUUGCUGAACGAACAAAUCCAAAAAAUAGAAUUGCUUUUGUGAGUGCAGACAUUUGUUUUGGAACUCAAUCCGUUCGAUUGGGAGUUGUUCCUAAAUUACAAGAAAAGUAUGGAGAUUUGUACACAUUGGAUAAUGUUGCCAUCAGUGCAAUCCAUACACACUCUGGACCAGGUGGUUACAGUUUCUUUGCUGUCUAUGACAUGACAACCUUUGGUUUUGAUAAUCAAAAUUACCAAGCCAUUGUGGAAGGUGUUUAUCAAGCCAUUGUUCGUGCUCAUGAAAAUCUUUCUCAAGGUGGUAGAAUCUACAUGAAUUCUGAUCGUUUAUUCUUCAGUAAUAUUAACAGAUCUCCAACGAGUUAUAUUUUGAACCCACCUGAAGAACGAAAGCUUUAUGAAAUUGACGGUGACACCGACAAGACCAUGGUCGUUCUCAGAUUGGAAGAUGACAAUGGCAAAGAACUCGGUGCUUUGGCUUGGUAUGCUGUCCACUGUACAAGUAUGAAUAAUACCAACAUGUUCAUCAGUGGUGACAAUAAGGGUUAUGCAUCUUACAUGUUUGAAAAGUUAAAGAAUGGAAAUGAAAGCUUCCCAGGUGUUGGUCCAUUCAUUGCCAUGUUUGCUCAAUCCAACGAAGGAGAUGUGAGUCCAAACACUCGAGGUGCUACCUGUCCUGAUGGUAUUACUCCAUGUGCUCCUGAUUCCACAUGUGAAGGAACUACUCAGAAAUGUACGGCUAAGGGACCAGGUAAAACAGAUUUUGAGUCUACAAAAAUUAUUGGAACGUAUCAAUUUAAGAAAGCUCUUGCAUUGUACAAUGAUAAAGCCAAUUCCAUCGUGUUGAGUGGUCCUAUUGAUUUCAGACAUACUCACUUGAACAUGUCUGAUAUUGUCGUUUCUCCAAAAUAUACAAGUACAGGACAAGUUGGAAAAACUUGUAAGGGAGCGAUGGGCUAUAGCUUUGCUGCUGGUACCACCGAUGGUCCUGGUGAUUUUUCAUUCAAACAAGGAGAUAAUUCGACAAAGGGAAAUCCAUUUUGGAACUUUAUUUCAGGCUUUAUUGCCAAACCAACACCAGAACAAAUUGCUUGUCAAUCACCAAAACCAAUUCUCUUAGAUGUUGGUUAUGCUCAAUUCCCUUAUCCAUGGGCUGUUGAAAUUAAUCCCAUUCAAAUCAUGACCAUUGGACAAUUAGUCAUUAUACCAGUUCCAGGAGAGUUUACAACCAUGUCAGGAAGAAGAUUGAGAAAUACCAUUUGCAAUACUCUCACGACAUUGAAUCCAACGAGAUUCCCUCCUGCUACUACUCGUUGUGUGAUUGCAGGUCUCUCGAAUAGUUAUACUCAAUACAUUGCUACUUUUGAGGAGUAUCAAGCACAAAGAUAUGAAGCUGCCAGUACUUUGUAUGGACCACAUACUCUUGCUGCCUAUCAACAAGAAUAUGACAAGUUGGCCACAGCAUUGGCUACCAAUCAACCAAUUUCACCAGGAUUAAAACCACUCAAUCUUAGCUCUGUUCAAUGGAGUUUUAUUCCUGGAGUUAUUUUGGACACUGUGCCAUUGGGUAAACAUUUUGGAGAUGUCUAUCGUGAUAUUGAUACUACAAGAACUUAUAAAAAUGGAGAUGUUGUUCAAGUUGAAUUUUAUGGUGGUCAUCCAAAGAAUAAUUUAAUGACACAAAAGACCUUCUUGACUGUCGAAAGAUUGAACGAGAAAAAUCAAUGGGUUGCAAUCCUUGUUGAUGGAGAUUGGGAUACCAAGUUCCAUUGGAGACGUGAAUGGUUGAGUGAAUCAGUUAUUACUUGUAUUUGGAGCAUUGGUGAAACCUUUGCUGUUCCACCCGGAACCUAUCGUAUUCAACACUUUGGUUUUUAUAAGGAUUUGGAGCAAAGCGUGUUGCCAUAUCAAGGAACAAGUAGUCCAUUCAGAGUUGUUGCUUAA